AUGGUGAAAGACGUGUCCGUUGCGGAGAAACUCAGUGAUUCGGACGAAUCACUUAAUGAUAAUCAGCUGAUGAGGGAUGACUUGGAUAAUGCUGAGGAAUUGGUUUUCGAUUUCGAAGCUUAUCCAAUAUACGAUGGCGACAAAGAAGGCCUUAUUUUUCUUCGUGCUGAUGUUGAUGUGAAACAAAUGGCUGAUAUCUUGGUGGAACAGUCACCAUUUGGCUGCGUCUACCGACCUGCCGAAGAAUUUCUAGAUGAAGAUGAUGAAGGUGUUGUCUAUGGUGUGUUGUCUAUGUUAAAAUUGGGUAGAGAUCAGAAAUUUCAAACAGAUAUUUGGACUCUACUGAAAACAAGAGCACGAAAAUAUUCUGUUGAUAAAAAAAUAUUGUUGAUUUUGGAUAAUUUGUCAACUGCGAAAUCGGACGUUCGUGUUGGUCUAUUAAUUAAUGAGAGGGAUGAUUUGAAAAAGUUUAGUACACAGUAUCGCUUUUCGCAUGUUGUUUUGAUUUUGAAAAUUCGAAUAGCUGAUAGCGACAGUAAUAAAGAACAAAGUGGUGGAAGUGCUUUCAGUAUGUCCAGCAACAAGAAAAAAUUAACCAAGGCGCAAAAAAAGCGUAUUGCAGCGAGUGCGAUUGCCAACGCUGAAGUUAUUUAUGACAACCAUGAAGAGGAGCUUUUGUUUCAGGGCGACUUGCAAUUCGACUAUUUCCAAUAUCCGGUUCAAUCAGAUGUAGAAAAAGAUUCUAAAUUUAAUUCCGUUAUAUUGAAAGGUAUCACUUAUCGACCUUACAGGCGU